AAAUCAGAGAAUCCCUGCCAAUCACCCCUUACAUAAAAAACAAAAUUUGGGAGCACAGCGGCAAGGGGAGUAAACGAGCUUUCCACUUUGAUUCUUUCCGAAAUCGAAGCUGUAACGAAAUCUCUGCCACGGGACAGCGACACCGUACGACCUUCCCAUUGUUUCCUCAACGUGAACAAUACAACACCACACCACCACCCACUAACAAUACCUAAAGCCUAACGAACCCUAAUUCUUGAUCAUUGCUCAAUUCUUUGUUCCCUUCCCAUCUCGGAGACACGAAUUCGCCUUCUUCCUCAUUUCCCAAACAAAUUUCCCCUCCGCACUCCCCCAAUUUAUUCUUUUUUUCGCAUUUUAUUUUACCCUUUUGAACCUGUGGCUUCUUUUCGACGCCCCCCAUGUAUCAGAAUGGAUUAGUGUAAAUUAUUGGAAGGUACCUAUAUAAAAGCAUGGGCAGUAGUGACAUGGACAAAACCCCGAAAGAGGAGUCUAAGACACCUCCAGCUACGUCACAGGAGCAGUCAUCAACAACUGGCAUGCCAACAACUAAUCCUGACUGGUCUAACUUUCAGACGUAUUCUCCUAUACCUCCACAUGGGUUCUUGGCAUCAAGCCCCCAAGCCCACCCAUAUAUGUGGGGCGUCCAGCAUAUUAUGCCUCCCUAUGGCACUCCACCUCAUCCCUAUGUUGCAAUGUAUCCCCAUGGUGGCAUAUAUGCUCAUCCAUCCAUUCCUCCGGGAUCUUAUCCUUUCAGUCCUUUUGCCAUGGCUUCUCCAAAUGGUAUUGCAGAUGCUUCAGGAAAUGCCCCAGGUAGCAUCGAAGUUGGUGGUAAACCUCCUGAAAUGAAGGAAAAAUUACCUAUCAAAAGAUCAAAAGGAAGUGUUAGUGGUGGUAAUUUGAGCAUGUGGAUUACUGGGAAAAAUAAUGAACCUGGUAAAACACCAGGAGAAUCUGCUAAUGGGAUUCAUUCCAAAAGUGGUGAAAGUGCAAGUGACGGAACUAGUGAAGGAAGUGAUGAGAACUCCCAGAAUGACUCUCAAUUGAAAUCCGGGGAGAAGCAGGACUCUUUUGAAGAUGAACCAUCUCAAAAUGGCAGUCCAGUACAUGCUCCUCAAAAUGGGGUACAUAAUAGAUCUCAGACAGUUGUUAAUCAAACUAUGCCUAUCUUACCUAUAUCUUCCACAAGUGCUAGUGGAGCAGUUCCUGGUCCCACAACUAAUUUAAAUAUAGGAAUGGAUUAUUGGGGCACACCAACUUCAUCCACCAUUCCUGCACUGCAUGGAAAGGUUCCUUCUGCUGCAGUUGCUGGAGGGAUGAUUGCUGCUGGAUCACGAGAUGGCGUUCAGCCACAAGUUUGGCUGCAGGACGAAAGAGAGCUUAAAAGACAAAGACGGAAACAGUCUAAUCGGGAGUCUGCACGCAGAUCCAGGUUACGGAAGCAGGCCGAAUGUGAUGAACUAGCUCAGCGUGCUGAAGCUUUGAAAGAAGAAAAUGCCAGUCUCCGAUCAGAAGUGAGCCGGAUCAGGAGUGAGUAUGAGCAGCUACGUUCUGAGAAUGCUGCCCUCAAGGAUAGACUUGGGGAGAUACCUGGUGUCACGACACCUGGGAAGGAGGAUCUUAGGUCUGGCCAGAAUGAUCAGCAUGUGAGUAAUGACACUCAACAAAGUGGUCAGACAGAUGUUGUGCAUGGUGUUCAUUAGGAUCUUGCUUCCUGCUGCAUGUUGCUUUUUAGGAAGAUAACCUAACCAUGUAGCAACAGCAAGUUCUAGUUUUUGGAUAGCUUUGGUUCAAAUUGUAUUAAAGGUGAUCAUAUGUAGUAUUAGGAUCUAUUUAUGUCAUAUGAUCCCUCAUUCCUAAUUUGUCAUGUUUAUGAUGGCAAAAAACUUGUAUUGUAGGUAGGGUGUGAAUACUUACUUGGUCAUACCUUCUCUGCUACUUCGUAAGUUAGUGUUAGCAGCAAGAAGUAUGAUUACCGAAAUUAGUUAUUGUCCAUUAUAUGGAUUGCCGUGCUUCUGCGCAAAUAAUUUAAUCAGGAAGAUAUAUUAAGGAAAUGAAAAUCAAGUUCAGCCACGA